AUGGAGCAAAGUCUCCAGAGAAUCGACUACCGCCUGCUUCAAGGCUGCUGCCUCGAAGCUGAGCGCGCCGACAUUAUAUCGGUGAGCCUGGAAGGGCUCCGCAUGGCUCUACCCGAGGCAUAUGGGGGCACCAUUACUAGUCUCGUUGAAGAGAUACGGAGAUCUGGAAGGAAGUUGAGAGACUUGGCGGAUCGAUCGCAGAUGCAUUUCACCAGGGUGCCAAUUUUGCUCAACUACCUCGACGUUGUUCUUCCAUGUUAUCACAGGACACUCCGCGACAUCAACAAAUUUUACGAAGAUCGGACCGUGAGCAAGGACAUGCGAUGGCGAAAGAUGUAUCACAAAAUGACGCAGGAGGCCAGUGGCCUGCCAUUGCCUCAGCGGUUCAUGCUCUACAACUCCUUUUUAGAGUCCCUACGACACCUUCUCAUGAGGUCGACACUCUUCGACCUGAACGGCCUAGAGACGCUUCGGACUAGAAUAAUCAAGUUGAGAGAAGCAAGAGGACUCCCUUCGCCAACAACCCAAAUCAGACCUGUCCUUCGACCAGAGACUAUGCUCAGACCAAUGGUCCAAGAUCCGACAUUGCACUGGGCAGAGCAGAUUUUCUCGCUUCCGCUCACCUCCCGAACGGCUUUGAAGCACGUCAGGCCAUCGAUAGCUUACGGUCCUUCCCAAACGUGGGGACAAUUAAACAUUCCCAAACAGGUCAAGAUGCUGUUCAGAAGACCAUUUGACGAAGAUCGCCUUGCGUUGAUGGCCUACCUAAAUUAUGUCAACCAGACUCCCUACUUCCUUCUUAGGACAUAUCACCAAGGGGGCCAGUGGUUCUCGCUACUUGGUACCCACGAACUCUACAUAAGGCGCGAAGGCAGCGCCUUGCUACUGGACCGAUACAGUGCCUCCCUAAUGGGCCCGAAGUUGUGGGCGUCUCUCUACUUCAAGACCUGGGAGGAGUUGGUCUUAUUCCAUUGCACAUUCGUCUCUCUCAAGGGUCGGAAUAUCUUGACACGCCAAAUGGACCCAAGGGAGUUCAAACUAUUGGGAGAAGAACGGUCGUUCCAAGCGCAAAUACACGACGAUGGCUUCAAGCAUUCGCUCAUGGUCUACCGCGACAUUGCCACCGGAGGCGUUCGUCUCCAAGCUUCAGUGUGGGAUGGUGAACUCAAGCAUUGUCCAGUCUGGACCGCCUUUGUCACCCACCAAUCCGCCUCUCCGACCUGGCUCGUACGCAAAUCAGACCACCGCGUCUGGCUCAAAGACGUCCAGCUUUACGUCUUUUGCGAGGUGUAUCACCAGCAGCAUCAGAGAAAAGGCAAGGCCGGCGCUUUUGAGAUUGACUUUUUCUCCGAGAUGGGCGCGUCGCGGUUCAUUGAAGAAUUACAGCCGCGGCCAGACCCCUCCGAGGCAUCUACUGACAGCAUGGACGCCAUUGAGGACUCCAAAUAA